GGUGAAAAAGAAGCGGACACAUUAUCCGAACUGAAGUAGAUUUUAGCGAAAAUGGAAUUGCCUCAUUUAGGAACUCAUUGCUCCAAUAAGUCCUGUAAACAACUGGAUUUUCUGCCGAUGAAAUGUGAUGCGUGUGCGGAGAUCUUUUGUGGAGACCACAUAAUGUACAACUGCCAUCAGUGUACAGAGUCCUAUAAAAAGGACAACCAGGUCCCAGUAUGCCCCCUAUGUAACCAGCCAAUACCUAUCAAAAAAAAUGAGGUGCCAGACAUGGUAGUCGGACAACAUAUUGAUAAUGAUUGUCAGUCUGAUCCUGCCAGGAAAAGACGCAAGAUUUAUACAAAUAGAUGUUCACGCAAAGGCUGUAAACAAAAGGAACUUAUUCCAGUCACAUGUGAUAAAUGCCAGAAGAAUUUUUGUCUGAAACACCGAAAUGAAAUGGACCAUGAUUGCCAAGGCUUUGAGAAUUCAGGCAGAGGAAUCUCUAAGACAGGAGCUGCAGCUAUAUUCAGAAACCAAUCAGAGCCAUCCAAACCAUUAGGCGAUAAAAGAGCGGUGCCUUCCAAGGCCAAGCCGCAGCAAACUACACUUACACAGCAUAACUUUGGCAGAGACCUAGACAGAGAGAGACGAGAACGACAGAUUGGACAAAGGCAGAUGGAACAGACAGGCGGUCAUUCCAUACAGGGUAGUAUGACAGAAGAAGAAGCUUUAGCAAGAGCCAUUCAAAUGUCCAUGUCAGAUUCACAAGCACCUUCCAACUCAAGUACCUCCAACAGGCCGAUGACCCAGCAGGAGCAGGAUGACCUUUUACUGGCUCAGGCAAUUGCUGCCAGCCAAGAGGAGGCUACUCGAGAACAGCAACGAAGGAGGGCAUUGAAGAUGACAGCAUGAGGAUCAAUCAUUGCUAGAUUGUUUUCUGUUAUAGCAACGGACCAGUCAGAACAAGACAUCAUGUAGUGUCUCCUGACCAAGCUAGCUCACAGCUGCCUCUAGUCUUUCUGGACCGGAGCACUGGAUGUGUGCGAGGGCAGAUACACAGGACUUUGUAACAAGGACGUGUGACUGUGUAAUAAGAACUGUUAGAUCACUACUGCCUUUUGUUUUUCUAGGCGGGAGCAUUUCUUCCUCUGCACCGGGACAGAAGAAUGUAUCUUGAACAUGUUCACUGGAUUGUGUGAAGUCUUUCUAGGUGCAUCAAACUGUAUUAUGUGUAGGUCUUUGUAAUGUGGUGAAUAGGUUCCAACAGAUACGAACCUGGAAUCUUAAGCACUGUAAAAACCCAUGUAAUGUGCACAGUUUUGUUUUGUUUUUUGUGUGAAAAUAAUUGUCCAAAGUUGGGCGUGUACACAUUACUUAGCCAAUAGGAUUUUCAAUUUUUUUUUCAUGAAAAAAAUCAAAGGCUGCCAUCCUGGUUUUUCAGGAUUAUCUGGUUGAACUGUUCUGAAAUUGACAGGUUUCAAUUUAUUUUCUUUCAUGUUGGAUAUCACGACGAAGCAGAAGCCAUGAGCACAUGUCUGUAUUCAUGAAUAUGAGCAAAAGUUGGCACUGACAUAUUAGAAUGCAGAGUGUGGACUAAGACAUAUGAUGGGACUGGAUUUAAUUCAUUAUUGAUUAAUAUUGGUCUUAUUUCUUGGCUCCCAGUGAUCAAUUUUGACAGAAUUUUUUGGUGCGCACAUUAUGCAAGCAGAAGUUUUUUUUAACCAAUUAUGAUUUUACCAAUCUACAUUAAGUAGGUGUACACAUUACACAGGUUUUUACAGUACUGUUUGAGUUGUUGUGUCUAGUGCCUAGAUGAUUACAGCCAAAGAGACAUUUUGUCAGUGUUAGAUUAGAUACAAAGUUGGCUAGUUCAUAUACAGAAGAACACAGCAUGAAAGAAGAAAAAGGUUUUAGUUAAAUUAUAGGGCAAGCAUGACAUUACCUCCAAAAUGAAUUUUUUAUUACCUGCAAGAAUACUGUAAUAUUAGUAAUUUUCAUGUGGAAAGAAUUUUUGUUGAUUUCUUAAGUUGGGAACUUAUAUUUUCAUGAUGUUAAAAUUUGUGUAAAUAAAUACCAUAGAGAUUUAUUUAUCUACGAAAUUAACUUCCCAUGAAACAGCAAUGUUUUGAAAGCCCAUGAAACUUUAACCCCAUGAAAAUAUAUGAUAUUGUGGUGUACCUUGCCCUUGAAGAGAUAAGGCUGAAUAGCCUAAGUAUGAGGAAGAUUCUGACUACAAUCUGUAUAUUUGAUAACACAGUUAUUUCCUUCUUACAAUUCUGUAAUUAUGUAGCAGUGUAAGAUUGGUAGAUUAAACAAUAUUCAGGCUAUGACUUUACAAAAGGUCAUAUCAUAGUAUUUAAACUAGGUCACCUACAUUCAGUGUUGUAUGCUGAAACUAGGUCAAUGCUAUAUUCACUUAAGGAUUAGAUAAUAAAACCACAUCAAUAUUGCCUUCGAUAUGUGCUAAAUUUCUCCUGAAGAAAACUAUUUGAUGAAUAUUUUUAAUAAGUAAAUCAGAAAUGUUUUUUGAGAAACACAUCUCUUUCCUGUCAGGAUUGACAUUGAAACCCUUGUUCUGAUACUCCAGAUUGAUUUUUCAGGGAUUCAACAUUGGGACUAUGUUUGGAUUUUUCAAGAUCCACAGUUUCGAUGAUAUUAUGUGUUUGAUUUUUAAUGUUUUUAUCAUCUGGAAAAUUUCUAUUCUUCAGACAAUUUUACCUGCAAUUAUAUAAGUUUAGUACAUGGUCAGAUUCAGGAAUAUCAAUAGACAUCCGUUUGCUUAUAUUUUAUAAAUGGCAAAUGUUUUCAUUAUUUAUAAAAACAGCAUGUCGCCAAAAGCUAAUUUUGAUGCAAAAUAUUUUCUAUGUAAUUGUUUUCAAGGGCAUUGAUGGCUAAAGGCAUUGAUUUUAUACGUAAAAAGAAAUAUACCUGAAUUUCCAAUAAUGCAGAUAUGAGAAAAGACAUGUUUUCUUCAAUCCUAAGUUCAGCAUUGUUUUGUUUUUUUGUUGCCUUACUUGAUACUUAAGUGAUAUAACAUGCAUGGUUCGUGUGUAACAUCUUAAGCAAUUUUUUAAGAAAAUAUGGAUGUAAAAUGUUUGUGUUUUCUCCUUGCCUGGACUUUGUAUCUGUACAAAUAAAAAUAAUGUCAUGAUCUACUCUAUACUGGGAAAUGUUUGCUGCGGGUAAACUUUCGUCCAGUUUUUCCUUUGGCCAAUUAGGAAAGAAAACAAAAGGUUGGCUUUAUAAAAUACAAUGAAAAUUCUUAAGUGAGGGUGAAAGAUGUUGCCACAGGUCAUUAUUUGAACUCAAAGGUUAUAGUGAAUCUAAAAUUGGUUAAUUCUGUUUCUCAAAACUUGAAAGUCAUUGUUUAGGUGAAUUAAGAUUUUACUGCAUGUUUCCACUAAUGAUAUUGGUGAGGAAAUAAAUGUGAAAUAUGUUGUGACUCUGGUAAACUCUCAGUGUUUUGAAAAACAUUCAUGAAAGCAUCUUAUUUAAAAUUAAGUGUCAUUGUCAAGUGCGUGUACCUUGUACUGCAAUGUUUUGGGUGUAAACUAUAAUUAUGUAUAAGUGAUACUUUCCUGACAUUAAGAUGUGUACUAGUUGGUUAUGACGAAAGCCUAAUAACCAAAUCUCAGACAUCAGGGUUCGCUUGUUUAACCUUAUUAUGUCAUUGAUUUGUUAAAAAGCCUUUUAACUGUUGUUAUUAAUGUAUAUUUGAAAUUUAUUCAUACAUUUUACAAUGUUUUAUCAUAAUAAAUAAUUUA